AUGCUGCAAUGGCAGCAGAGGUUGGAGGAUCCGGGUGCAUUUGGCCGUUGGACCACCGAGGCCAUCCGGCCUCUUCUCACAGAGUGGGUUGCCGAAGUAUGUCGGCAUUGUGGGGCGGUCCGGGACACGGCGCGGCACACGCUGGAGGCUUGUCCGGCGUGGGCCGAGGAGCACCGUGCCCUGGCCGCGGUUAUGGGGGAUGACCUCUCCCUCUGGUCUCUGAUUGAGGGGAUGCUGGAGAGGGAGGAUAAGUGGAGGGCGGUCUCCUUCUUCUGCGAGGCAGUGAUGCGGCGGGAGGAGAAGGCCGAAAAAGUGAGAAGGGGUGAGUCUCUGGCCCCUGCACAACGCGGGCCCCGGGGGCUCGCCCCAGAAAUAUCAGGAGGUGGCUGCUGA